CUAUCAGCCAAUAUAACGAAGUAAGUCCUAAAGGGCCUGGCAAUUAUGUUGCUUUGAUUGCUCAGAGAGGUAGAAUGGAAGGGUUUAUUGUCUAUGAUUAUCAAGAUCGAUUUCAAGAAGCAAUAUUUGACCUUUCAAAAUGGUUGCAGCAAGGAAAGCUUAAGAGAAGAGAUUACAUAGUAGAAGGUUUAGAAAAUGCACCCCAAGCAUUAUUAAGACUAUUUAAAGGUGAGAAUACUGGUAAAAUGUUGAUUAAAAUUGCCGACGAAAAUGAAAACGUCAGAAGCAAACUUUAA